UUAAAAAAUGGUUAUUUUUUCAGAAUGUUUCGGCCAAGCCUUGCCAGGUUUGUAAGAAAUGUCGGGGCUCUAGAAAAACCUGGAGUUCGGCUGAUGUGUAUGUGGCCAGAGAGGUUCGAAUCUCCUUUGAGCUUGGAAGAACUAAACCAGAUAAAAAAUACACCUGAGUACAAUAGAAAAGCUGCUGUACCUAUCAAGGCUGCUGCUAAAGAUGCAAACAUGGCAUAUUUCCAGAACGAUCUGAUGAAAAAGUUUAGUAAAAUGGUGACAAAUCAUAACGAUGGCAUGCUAGGAGAACAACUGAUGAUGAAACUUUACAAUAAAUUAAAGGAGGUUCAGCUUGAGAAAUUAAAGAAUAAUGAAAAUGUCGAGGUGGACCCGACUAGAAUUAUUUUGGCUGCUGUAGAAAAUGCUAGGCCUGUAAUGAGACUAGAGAAGGUUAAGGUUGGAGCAAUCACCUACAUGGUUCCAACACCUAUUACAUCAACAAGGUCAUAUUUUGAGGGAAUGAGAUGGAUUCAUCACGCUGCUAGAGAUAACAGGGCAAACCCAAGAUGGGUUUGGAGAAAGAAAAAUCCUAAUGAACCUGUUCCUAAAUCUGUCAGUAUCUGGGACGCCCUUGCUCGUGAAAUACUAGACGCGUACGCCAACACUGGGCGUGCUGUAGCGAAGAAAAUAGAAUAUCACAGGAAAAUGUUUAUUCUGAUUUUAAAAAUAUUAUUUAGCUUUAAAAAGGAAAUUUAA